AUGGACCAGUCUGUUCAACGCUUGUUGAACGACAAGCUCUACGAUAAGAGGAAACAGGGGGCUUUGGAGCUCGAAAAGAUCGUCCGAGAUGCUACAAUAAAAGGAGAACAUGACAGGAUACGCGAGAUUGUAGACCAACUGUGCCACGACUACGCUUACGCUGUUCACCAACCGCAUGCUCGAAAUGGAGGACUCAUUGGCUUGGCUGCUGCUUCAAUUGCCUUGGGAUCAGAAGGCGUAGCUCCCUAUCUGCGAGAAAUCGUUCCCCCGGUGCUUGCUUGCUUUUCAGAUCAAGAUGCACGAGUGAGGUACUAUGCAUGUGAGAGCAUGUAUAAUAUCGCCAAGGUUGCCAAGGGAGAGAUCUUGCCUUUCUUCAAUGAUAUAUUUGAUGCGCUUUGCAAGCUCGCCUCGGACUCGGAACUCUCAGUCAAAAAUGGUGCGGAACUACUCGAUCGCUUGGUCAAAGAUAUCGUCGCCGAAUCAGCUUCGUCAUAUGUGUCCGUGUUGCAACUCGGAGAAAAGCCAUUACAAGAUCUGGACCAGGGUCAAGACAUAGACGAACAAUCAACCGACCUCCCAACCGCAUUUUCACUUUCGAUGUUCAUACCACUGUUACAAGAGCGGAUACAUGUUCUCAAUCCAUUUACUCGAACCUUCCUUGUCUCAUGGUUGACUCUGCUCGACACAAUCCCAGACUUGGAACUUGUGUGUUAUCUGCCAGCGUUUCUCGGAGGGCUGAUCAAAUUUCUCGGAGAUCCUAACAAAGACGUAAAUGUCGCCACUCAGGGUCUUUUGGAGAGAUUUCUUUCUGAGAUCAAGAGGAUUGCGCGCAUCAAGAAGGGCAUUGCGGAGAGCAAGAAGAGCAAAGAAGAGAUUGCAGCGGCCGCAGCCGCCAGUGAUAAUACUAGCGUCGUCACGGGCAACAGUGAAGAAGUAGAGGGCAGCGACGAUGUCGUGGCAGAAUCAGUUUCUGCGGAUGGGAACCAUGACGAGCAGAGCAUCGCUGUUGAUGGGGAUUGGGUACCUGGCCAAGAUGCUUACGUAGAUUAUCCCAAGAUCCUGGAGAUCUUGGUUGGCUUUGUGGACACUACAUACGACGAGGAAAUGCAAUUAACGGCACUGCGGUGGAUUGAUGCUUUCUUUGAAAUUAGCCCGGAAGAUAUACUUCAAUUUGUCCCAGCCCUGUUGAUCCAAGUUCUUCCCGCAAUAUCGAGUGGCUCUGAUCAAGUACGGCAGGCAGCAACAAGGGUCAAUACCUCGCUCAUGGAGUAUAUUGUUUCCCUGUCUGACGAAACAAAUGAGAGUUAUCAUUCAGCCGCCUCUAAAGGAACACAAUCUUCGGCUGUAAAGGACAGUGAAGAAAGAAGAGCAUCCGUGCAAAGCGGAAAGCCUUCUCUUGAUUAUCAAAGCACUGAUGGCCCCUCUUCAAGUCCACCAUCUGAUCUGGACUAUGCUGCAGCAGUCAAUUCCUUGACUCUGCAAUUCUUGAAUGAAAAUGAGGGCACCAGAGUUGCUGCUCUAUCAUGGCUGAUUAUGCUUCAUCGAAAAGCGCCUCGGAAAGUUCUGGCUUUUAACGAUGGCACAUUCCCUGCUUUGCUCAAGACAUUGUCAGACCCGGCGGAGGCAGUCGUCACCAAAGAUCUUCAGCUUCUUUCUCAGAUUUCACGGAAUAGUGAAGAUGGAUACUUUACCUCUUUUAUGAUCAAUCUUCUGCAACUCUUUUCAACGGACAGGAAACUCCUGGAAGUGCGAGGAAACCUAAUCAUUCGCCAGCUAUGUAUGAACCUGAGUCCAGAACGGAUCUACCGAACACUGGCAGAUUGCCUGGAAAAGGAAGAGGACAUUGAGUUUGCUAGUAUAAUGGUACAAAAUCUCAACAACAACCUGAUAACAGCUCCAGAGCUUUCUGAUCUAAGGAAGAGAUUGCGGAGCUUAGAUAGUAGGGAAGGGCAAACGUUGUUUGUUGCACUUUUCCGGUCAUGGUGCCACAAUGCUGUUUCCACCUUCUCCCUAUGUCUGCUUGCACAAGCAUACGAGCAAGCGUAUAAUCUCUUACAAAUUUUUGCGGAACUAGAAAUGACAGUGAAUAUGUUGAUUCAAAUCGACAAGCUGGUGCAACUGUUGGAAUCUCCAGUUUUCACCUAUCUCCGUCUACAGUUGCUGGAACCUGACAAGUACCCACACCUAUACAAGUGCUUGUAUGGUGUCCUUAUGCUUCUUCCUCAAAGCUCAGCGUUUGCUGCUUUGAAAAACCGAUUGAAUAGUGUGAGCAAUAUUGGCUUACUACAAGGGCCUCGUCCGCCGAUCGCUCCUAGUGGAGGUUAUGAACGACCUGCAGGAAGUCGCUUGAAAUCCCGCGAAGAUAGCUCCGUGAGGUGGACGGAGCUACUAGAUAAGUUCAAGAAUGUGCAAGAAAAAGCAAAACGACAUCAACGAGCUUCACAACGCCAAUUUGAAACAGAUUCAACAGGAGCUGCCUUCAAACAACCUUCACUCAUCGGCGCAUUAUCCGCAGCUGGCGCAACCGAUCAUCAAGGCAGUAGAGACAAGAUGCUUCCUGACGUACCAAGAAGCGGCUUCGGAAAUGCAGGGCUUGGGAUAUCUGGCCGCACCUCAGAUGGCACGACAAGAGAUGGCCGGUCCACCCCGACAAAUAAGAGCAAGUCUAGUCUAAGUCAUCUCGGGCGAUUGGGCAUACCUGGUAGGAGAAAGCACUGA